AUGCGUCGUGAGCAUGUGUCUGAUGCUGCUGAAGCGCCUGCACCAGAGGACAUUGACCUGGAGCACAAGGAGCACUAUGGUGGGCCAGAGCUAGCUGUUGAAGAACUCGAUGGGGACAAGGUCAUCUACAACAGUAAGUUCUUCAAGAAGGAGUACAACAAACUGAAGAGGAUUGCAGAAGGACCGAGAUCUGUGGAAUUUCCACAGAUUACAAAAGCUUUCACUGGAACUUCUGCGGAACAACAUGAUGUGAUCCGUCGGUUUGUGGAGACUGGGGGAAAUGAAAAUGCAGUGGAAGCAGAGUUCACUGCUGAACGCACACAUGAAGUGGAAGGGAGAGGUGAACGCAAACUCAUGACAGUGAAGGAAAUGCGUGAGGCUGGCUUCUCAGAGGCCAAAAUCAAUGCGUGUGUGCAGAAAGGUGGUGUGCCAGAUGAAGACUGUCCUACGGACAUGGCCUCUAUGAGGUUCUGGGCGCAUACCGUGAAGACCGAAACCACUCGAGAUGUGACCCAGCUGAGGAGCACAGUUCGGGCCAGUGUUGCUGCUACCUCAGCAGUCCAAGCUUUGGCCACAGGUUUUGCACCUGCCAAGGGUGGCGUUGCAGUGGACGCAGCCAAUGUCAUGGCACAAGCAGGAAAUGAAGUCAAGAAGGAGAUCCAAGCUUUGAACUCCUUGCAAAUCGAUGUUGGGGAUUUGGACAUGUUCAAGGGACGUGUUGAGCAGCUGAAGCAGUUCUCGAACUCCAUGAAGUUGCACUUUGACAGUUUGACAGAAGAUUCCAUCAAGAGCGAAGAUGAUUUUCAGAAGACCUUGGCAACAGACAGCCGCAUGAAGCGAGCUGAGAUGUCAGCUGCCUUCCGUGAGUACAAGAAGUAUUGCUGGCAUAUUUUGGGCUCACAUGAGAAAUGGAAUUUUGCUGAUGAUACUCUGUGUUGUGCCAGGGGGUACUCUUCGUGA